UAGACAGCGAGCCGCAUACCACGGCAGCGCGUCGUCCGAAGUGCAGGUGACAGUUAAACGCAUAAUUGUUUUCGAUUCGGAGCACACGCGUGCACGUUUCUGGUCAGCUCCUCUGCAGUCGGUGACGUCGUUGUUAAAUCGCGUCAAGAUGUGCAACAAGUUCGGCAUCGAGUUAGGACCGCAUGGCGUGGCGCGCACACAGUGAAAGAAGGCCCAGCUACCUGUUUACGUUUAGGCUGUGUGGUCAUGGAGACGGUCUGACGCUUCGUCGAAGAAACUCUCAACGACGUACACCCGUGAAGGUUUAUCAGGCGUGUUCGGUUUUAACAGACGACGCAACAGGCCUGAUCAUCGCGAUUAUGUGAAGAUCGAUAAACCGAUUCGUAGAAUUCACCAGAUGAGGAUAAUUUCGAGAGCAUGGCGUUGGCGAGGAUCAAAAGUUUCAUCGACACCGGUCUGAAGACGGUGUCCACUCCUCUGGAUCGCACGGUGAAUCUGGAACCGGAAAUUGGUAUUAGGAUCGUUCAUUCGAUCAACGAGAAGGCGCUGUACGUGACGGUGCUCGGUGCUCGACAUUUGCCACAGAAUUUCGGCUUCACUCGCGUCAACAGUUAUGUUGUCAAGGUGAAGCUGAUACCAGGAAAGGAGAAGUUCGAGACGACGUCGAAGAACGAGUCUUGGCCGCAAUGGAACGAGGAAUUCACGUUCCUUCUGCGUAAGGAGACUAAACAGAAAUUUGGGAAGACGAAAGUGAUUGAAGAGGAGAUCAACGGGUCCAGAUUUAUCGUGGCGACCCUGUACGCGAUCCUCGAGGACAAGCCCUUGAUAGCGACCGAUAAGAAAGAGGCGGAUAAGGACAAGACCUCGUCUCCCGUCAAGGAAUCUCCAAAGAAGGCCGGUAAGAAGAAAGAUGGCCAAGCUGCCUCUUCGGAGAACCAGGAGCCGACGAAGAACAAAUUGUUCAGCCAGAUAUUCGGCAAAACGUCCGAGAAGAACACGGAAACCACCCCGGUGGAGAGAAGAAUGUACGACAAAAGACGCACCGUUGGUGCAACGACGAUUUCUCUGGAUCCAAAAAAUUUUACUAAUAAACCAGUGAAACCUAAACACGCGAGUGACGUGUCUACCGGAGACAUGUGGAGACCACUGCGACCUAUCACAAGUGGCAUUUCCGGAGCUGAAGAGAGGAGGGAGAACAAGAAGGGUCAAGUCGAGUUGUCACUGUGCCAAGAGAAGAGCGACAAGAGGGAAGAAGGCAGCGAGCGACUGAUACUAUCUCUGCAUCGUCUGAGAUGCUCGUUGCAGACGAUGCACGAGCACGAGGCCCUCAGAGGGCAAAUGUACAUAAAGAUAUCCGUUGUCGAUAACGGAAGAGUCACCCAUUUCUGGAAGAGUGACCGUUUCGCGCCAUGUGUGUCCAUGAAAUUUGCACCGGACAUGGCGAGAGUGAUGGCGGAUAAUCCUUAUCAAGGAGCUCUGAAAAACGUCAGCUUCGUUAUUAAAUUUGUCUCGAAAAACAAAAUGGGCAAGAAAACCACUGUUGGCCACUUGGCGAUCGGACCCGACGUAGGAGGACCUUAUGGCGAACAGUGGAAACAGGCUUUGGCGAAACCAGGACAGCAGAUAAUGAAAUGGCAGGCAUUCGAAUGAGAAGAGUAACGCGUGUUUGUUUAACAAGGUAGAAACCGGAGUGACACCCACCAAGAUAUCGCCCUUCACACGCAACGUAAGGGACAUAGGGUGUGGGAAACUAAUUUUUAAAUUUCCCAUUGACAUAUUUCUAAAUCCGUCACUUUUCCAGACUUUUAAAUUUUCACUUUUCGUAAAACCACUCGAUACUUGGUGUAGGAUGUUCGCUCUCUUAUCGAAAAAGUUCUAAUCAUGUCAAUGGUAACGAUUGACUAAUAUACCUCUCGAUUUCUACUGUUUUUCCUCGCGCGUAAACCUACUUUCGAUUCUUGCGAAUCUUAUAAAUAUUUUAAGCACGGAUCGAUAAUACGUGCUGUUCCAAAGAACCCUUGGACGGCAAAGUCAAUAUAUUUCUCGCAAGAUUGAUUUUUUGCUCAGUUUUUCCUUUCCUUUUUUGUUAACCAAUUUGUACAAAGGUACACGUUUCUUUUUUGUAUAUAUUAAUCAUUCAUGCAGUUAAACCGUCCUCGAUUCCGAGACAAACGAUAGAAACUGAGUGUCUGUCAGGGAUCGGAAUAACGGAACCGUCCAAUAAAUUAAGUGCCUGUCAACGUACUGUACGCUCGGGUGCAAUGUGGGUUUCCUUUGAAAACGGAUUAGCCUUCCUAUUGUUGCACUUUAGGGAUCAACUGUGCGAACUUUAGAAUUUUAGAAAAUGAUCCGAAAACUUUAAGUAUUAAAUUCGAAGAUUUCCGAAUUUCAAAAACCAACGAGAGGUCUCCUACGUCGCCAUUUUGAAGGAGCCUACUAUGCUCUCCUUUGUACAUGGACUGUGAAAAAGUUUUUUAGUUGCUAACGAAUCAGUCAUGUGAAUCGUUUCGAAAUGAAGAGACUCACUUUUUGUGCCAGAAAAAAAUCGCAAUUUUUAGCGUUAAAAUAAGCUACGAUGUACAUUUGAUUUUAUAUUAUUUUAAGCGAAGAUUACAUCGUUCAGAUAAGACCAGCGAGAAAGUAUUUUCUGUGUACGUAGGAUCAAAUAGCGUGUUAUAUUACAUAUCGAUGUUUAUUUGCACUGAUAACGAUAAACUCGUUGCUCAUCGUUUCGACUGCAAUUUUAUCGAGUUCUUUUUAAACAAUAUUAAGCGCAUUAACAUUAGAAGAAAAAAAUAUUGUAACAUUUUUACCGUUUGCUACAUGUAUA